AUGAAGCUCGAUUUCAAUCCUGUUGAGCAAAUCCUGAAUCUUGCCAACCUUUUGGUGAAAAUAGAUGCUCCUGCCUGGUACAUCAAUCCCGACUUCUCGUUUUUGUUCAGAGACGAAGAACGGAACAACCUCAACAGCAUCUCCAACACCUGCAACCUAGAGCUCGACAAAUCCCUAGGUGCGGUUCUCCAGAGCAGCAGUCCCCCAUCAAUCGAGUACUUCGAAGGCUUGUCUCCACCCUAUCGGACAUCUGAAACUGAAGGUGGCUUGAUCAGCAGAACGAAACAUUACAAGCCCAAUGAUCCCAAGAUGCCUCGCCAUGUCAAAUUGAAGAUGGACCAGGGUUACGAUAUCGCCUCGGUCGGUUUGCUCUGCUCUUCACCAAUCCCCCCUCCCGGCCUCCAAGCUCGAGCUAUAGGCCUCUUCCUGCUGCUUGAAGCUGUCUUCUGCACAAUCUUCCAUGGUAAAUUCGAGAUGAUUACCGAUCAAUAUUACGAGCACAUCCUACUCUGGCAGAGAGAUGAUGUAUCAUGGCUUCCAUUAUGCUCACACCUUUCUCUCAAACAACAUGUUCGUGGUGACUUGUCUUUGACCCCCGAAGAGCUUGAGAUCCAGGCUGCGAUUCGAGAAGCUCGGGACAAGCAGAGGAGGAAUGAGAACAACCGGAACUGGCGCGAAAGGGAGAAGACCAAAGAUCCUAUUGCAUACAAAGCGAGAAUGUAUGAGGGGCAUGCCGCCCGGUAUGAGAAGAUCGAAGAUGAGAAACGAGCUUACGACCGAACGAGACGGGCCGAGGCCAAAGAUGAGAGAAGAUUUUUAUGCGAAGACUGCGACAUCCCGCUUUCUUCUCAAUACAAGUUGACCAAGCAUCUCGACAGCCAGUCACACCGUGAUACUGUUGCCGGUAUCGAAAAGCCUGCUCCCCACCGCACAACCAGCUGGCAGAAAGAAAGAAGAGAGAGCAAUUGCCCUCGGUAUCUGGGUCUGCAAGCUCUGCCGCUCGAACAAACCUUUCACCAGCAAAGCGACAUAUCAAGCCCACCUCAAACUGCCUCCCAUAAGAAGAAGGAGGCCCAGAAUCUCGCCUAG